GAGGAUAUUGGGUGAGCGGUGGGCUGUGAGCAGAGCAAAUUAAUAUUUUGCUAAAUAUUUGUGUCAGAAUGUCAUGUUGAUAGACUUGUUGGAACGACUUUUCAUUUAAAAAACAGAGCUCUUGAUUUCCUUCUUAAACGGAGAGCUGCGUCUAAUUGGUUUGGUCACAGUUCAAACACCGUGGAAGCACGUAGGAGUCCCCUUACGCGCUGUUACGGUAUGACAAGGCGGUAUUCACCAGAGGAUAAAAUCGUUGCGCAUUCACAAAUUAGUGUCUAUUGGAAAGUCUUCUUUUCACUCAAAGAACUCAGUGCGCCUUGUUGUUUGCGCGAAACAGACAAACAAAAUGCGAAAGGAAAGGGCGGAUGAAUAUCUGCCUUUGCUGGUUAAAGAUGUUGCUUCGCGUAGAAGGUUUCCCAACAGAUCAUUGCUGCUGGCUGCUGGUGCUGCUUGUAUUGGUGGGACCUUUCAGUAUGGAUACAACAUUUCUGUCAUCAAUGCUCCAACUUUGUAUGUGCACAGGUUUAUAAAUCAAACUUGGAUAGAACGGUACAACAGGAGCAUUUCAGAAGACUUCCUCACACUGCUGUGGUCUGCCAUUGUGUCCAUCUUCACCCUUGGUGGACUUGUGGGAGCAUCUCUUGGUGGGACUCUGUCUGUAAAGCUGGGCAGGAAAGGGGCACUACUGACCAACAAUGCAUUCUCACUGACAGCUGCUUUAUUGAUGGGUAUUAGUCAGUCGACAGGUUUAUUUGAAUUACUUAUCAUUGGACGAUUUUUUAGUGGUAUAAAUGCAGGCAUUGCCAUCUGUGUUCAACCUCUGUAUUUGGGAGAAAUAGCUCCUACUGCACUUCGUGGAGCGAUGGGAAUGGGAACCUCAAUUUUUAUAACUGGAGGGAUUCUCACUGGACAAGUCAUGGGUCUAAGGGAGGUUCUGGGCAGAGAGGAGCACUGGCCUAUCCUGCUCUCCACCACUUGUAUACCAGCCAUAGUUCAACUAAUCAUCCUGCCCUUCUUCCCUGAAAGCCCCCGCUACCUUCUUAUUGACAAAGGAGACACUGAGGGGUGUAAGAAUGCUCUGAAGCAGCUCCAUGGGGCUGAAGUCUAUGAGACUGAGAGGGAGGACAUAGAGAAGGAGAAGCUCAAUUCAGUGGGAGUUCGACCAAAGAAACCCUGGGAACUGUUCUCUGACCGCAGUGUGCGCUGGCAGCUGCUCACCAUCAUUCUGCUCAAUGCUGCUCAGCAGCUUAACGGCAUCAAUGCUAUAUACUUUUAUGCAGACUAUGUAUUCAGACAGUCCGGUAUCCCUGAAGAUAAAAUACGAUAUGUGACAGUUGGGACCGGGGCUUGUGAAUGUCUCACUGCUCUGACUUGCGGAAUGCUUAUCGAAUGCCUGGGUAGAAAAGUGCUCAUCAUGGGAGGAUACAGCCUGAUGAGCAUCUGCUGCAUUUUGUUCACACUCACGCUCACUUUUCAGGAUGCUAGUCCUGUGGUCCCAUACUUGAGUAUGGCUUGUGUGUUUGCAUUUAUUCUCAGUUUUGGUCUUGGUCCGGGUGGUGUGACGAACAUCCUGACAGCUGAAUUAUUCACACAAGCCUCACGUCCGGCAGCUUACAUGGUCGCGGGGACUAUGAACUGGUGCAGCUUCUUUUUUAUUGGCAUGUUUUUCCCCUUCAUUGUGCUCGGACUGCAGCAGUAUUGCUUUCUUGUCUUUCUCGUGGUCUGUACUACAGUGACCACGUACAUUUUCCUUAUACUUCCCGAAACCAAGAACAAAACAUUUCUUGAAAUCCAAAACGAGUUUGAAUCAUCAAAGAAUAAAAAGUCCAACUGUAUUGAUGGAGCAGGGACAACACUUUUAACAACAUCUAUUUAACAGACAUGGGAUAUUGUUUUGUUUGAGAAAUUUCUUGUCAGAAUCUACAGAACAAACUUUGUAAUGUGACUGUAAACAGCUGCAUAACUUCAUACCUACACUGUAAUGCUACUGGUGCUUCAUUUCUAAAGACAGAAUUUUCUAUUCGAGAAGAAAGAGAUAUUGACUCUGUACUUUUACAUUUUAAUACAUGUAUAUAUUACUGUAUACAUUCAUUAUUAUUUGGUUUGUUUAUUAAAAUUACUUGUGUUUACUUGACAAGAAAAUCUAAAAAAGACAAAUGCCAGUGAAUGUUUUGAUACUGAUACUUAA